AUGGCCAAGCUUAACCAAGCACAGCAGUCCAUCGAAAUGAGCCUCGAUGCGACAAAUUUUUAUGAUCAUGGUCUCUACAUGAGCGGACCCAAUCUCUUUAAUCACGACAAAUUUCCAAAAUGGGUCACUGAAAUGACAUCUAAAUAUCCUAAGGACUUUGCAGAAAAAAUGCUCAACACCUUGAAAGAGUUAUACAGGGCUAAGGGUGUGGCUGAUAUUCUGUCUUCAGGACUAGAAGCAGAGACAGAAAGCUCGAAAAUUAUCGCAAAGGAGAUGGUACGUCUCUACGCCUCUGACUGGGAUAUCGACGAGACGUUAAAGGUUUUCCGUCUUGACAACUUAGAACUCGACAUCUUUAAAAGUCCAGAUUUUCCCAAUUUUGUCGCUUUCGUAAAGGAAACUCACAGGGAGAACUUUGAGACAGCAAUGCUCAACUUUUUGAGCACCAAGUUAACCAAAGAGGAUCUUACCAUGUUUAUAGAUCGUGGGUUCGAAGCAGCGUCUGACAGGUCGAGGGAAGUUGCAAGUGAACUUCAGCAUCUUCAUGCCCAGCGCACUAUGAUCGGCAUGAAAUUCAAAGAGAUAGGUUUGAUUAAUAAUAAUCUCAACCUUAUGGGAAGUUCUACAUUUUCCGAGCUUGUUAGUUUUGUAAAGUUAGCAUACGAGAAAAAUCCUGAGAAAGCAAUGCUUGAUUUCUUGAGCAGUCAAUUUACCAAAGAGUAUGAUCUGGCCGAGGUCCUGUUUCGUGGACAAAAAGUCAAGGACGAAAGCUCUAAGGAAUUUUCAAGAAAGCUGCUGCGUCUCCAGGCCUCGCAAUGGGAUAUCAAUCACACGUUCAAGGUUUUGCACCUCGCACAAACGGAUCUCAAGCUUUUUGAAAGUCCCGAUUUCCCCAAAUUUGUCACUUUCGUGAAAUUAAAUCACGGGGAGAAUUUCGAGAAAGUACUGCUUGGUUUUUUGAGCACCAAGUUCACCAAAAACUAUCUUACCAAGGUUCUAACUCAUGGAGAAACAGUAACGACAGAAAGCACGAUGGCUGUUGCAGAAAAGCUUCGAAAUCUCCAUUUGCAGCGCAAUGGAAUUAACGAGAAGUUUGGGAAACUGGGUUUCGAAGAAACUGAUCUCAACCUUAUGCGAAGUUCAAAAUUUCCCGAACUUGUUGAUUUUGUAAAGUCAGGGUACAAGGAAAAUUUCGAGAAAGCAAUGCUUGAUUUCUUGAGCAGUAAGUUUACCAAAGAGUAUGAUCUGGCCGAGGUCCUGUUUCGUGGACAAGAAGCCACGGACGAAAGCUCUAAGGAAGUUGCAACGAAGCUGCUGCGUCUCCAGGCCUCGCAAUGGGAUAUCAAUCACACGUUCAAGGUUUUGCACCACGCACAAACGGAUCUCAAGCUUUUUGAAAGUCCCGAUUUCCCCAGAUUUGUCGCCUUCGUAGAAUCAGCCCACGGGGAGAAUUUCGAAAAGGCAAUGCUUAAUUUUCUGAGUACCAAGUUCUCCGAAAACGAUCUUACCAAGGUUAUAGAUCAUGGACUGAUAGCAACGAGUUUAACUUCAAAGAAGGUAGCACACAAGCUUCAGCUUCUCCAAGUCCAGCGCAAUAAAAUCAACGAGAAGUUUGAGAAACUGGGUUUCAAAGAAACUGAUCUCAACCUUAUGGGAAGUUCAAAAUUUCCCGAACUUGUUGAUUUUGUAAAGUCAGGGUACAAGGAAAAUUUCGAGAAAGCAAUGCUUGAUUUCUUGAGCAGUAAGUUUACCAAAGAGUAUGAUCUGGCCGAGGUCUUGUUUCGUGGACAAGAAGCCACGGACGAAAGCUCUAAGGAAGUUGCAACGAAGCUGCUGCGUCUCCAGGCCUCGCAAUGGGAUAUCAAUCACACGUUCGAGGUUUUGCACCUCGCACAAACGGAUCUCAAGCUUUUUGAAAGUCCCGAUUUCCCCAAAUUUGUCACUUUCGUGAAAUUAAAUCACGGUGAGAAUUUCGAGAAAGCACUGCUCGACUUUUUGAGAAAAAAGUUUACGGAAGAUGAGGAUGUGGUCUAUGCUAUAGGUCUAGGAGAAAGUGUUCGGGAUGAUGCUGUGUCAACUUUGGCGAAGAAUCUUAAAUUUGCAGCCCUGGUUGCUCUCUAUAUGCCUCGUAAGCUUGAGAUUAAACUCGGGCUAUUUCAAAGCCACGUGUUUAACGAAUGGAUGUAUAAACUGACGGGUAACAUCGGAUCUGACAAAUUGGCCUUAGCCGUCAUGUAUGAAGGCUUGGCAAAACUUUCCACUGCAGAUGAUCUGAGCAAGGUCUUCCUUGCGGAAUUGAAGGACCGGGAGAGAGCAUAUAUUGCGCUAAACCUGCUACCUUUACAAAUGUCCGCGUGGAAAAGCGAAGGAAAUACUGCGGUUCAGAUUUACGCGAUGUUAGAUAUCCAAAAGACAGAGUUAAAGAUUUUGGAGGACCCAAUCUUUACGGCAUGGAUGCGUGGUGUCACUUCAAAAGCUUUUGAGGAUGAGUCAGAUCAGGUGCUUUCUUUUUUAGUAAAUCUGUUCAAGAAGGAUGGUCUGGUAAUACGUUGUACGAUUCGGUAA